GAUGCGGCUGAAGCCGGGCUUUCUGCUGCGCGCCGUGCUGCUGGCGGGCAGCUUCCUGGGGCUGCUGCUGCUCUGGUCCUCGCUGGCCCCCCGCGCCGAGGAGCCGAGCCCGCAGGGCUGGAUGCGGGAGGACAAAGAAGCUAAGAAUCCCGUGCCAGACAAAGGAAACCAUGGACUAGCUCCAGGAAAUGAGAAAUUCAAACCUGUUGUACCCUGGCCUCAUGUUGAAGGCAUGGAAGUGGACUUAGAAUCUAUUCGAAGAAAAAAUAAGGCCAAAAAUGAACUAGAACAUCAUGUUGGUGAUAACAAUCAGCAGAACAUCAUGCAGAGGCAAUAUCUCACAUUUAAGCCUCAGACAUUUACAUACCAUGAUCCUGUUUUACGACCUGCAAUCCUUGGUAAUUUUGAGCCCAAAGAACCUGAGCCUCAUGGAGUUGCUGGUGGCCCUGGUGAGGAAGGCAAGCCAUAUGUAUUAGGACCAGACUACAAAGAAUCCAUUCAAGCCAGCAUUAAAGAGUUUGGGUUUAAUAUGGUGGCAAGUGAUAUGAUCUCGCUAGAUCGGAGCAUUAAUGACUUGCGUCAAGAAGAGUGCAAGUAUUGGCAUUAUGAUGAGAACCUGCUCACCUCCAGUGUUGUCAUUGUCUUCCAUAAUGAAGGAUGGUCCACACUCAUGAGGACAAUUCACAGUGUAAUAAAAAGGACACCAAGGAAAUAUUUGGCAGAAAUUGUGAUGAUUGAUGAUUUCAGUAACAAAGCGCACUUAAAAGAAAGACUAGACGAGUACAUUAAGCAGUGGAAUGGCCUUGUAAAGGUAUUUCGAAAUGAGAGGAGAGAAGGUUUAAUUCAAGCUAGAAGCAUUGGAGCUCAGAAGGCUAAACUUGGACAGGUUUUGAUUUACCUUGAUGCCCAUUGUGAGGUGGCAGUUAACUGGUAUGCACCACUUGUAGCUCCUAUAUCUAAGGACAGAACUACAUGUACUGUGCCUCUAAUAGAUUACAUAGAUGGAAAUGAUUAUUCCAUUGAGCCGCAGCAAGGUGGGGAUGAAGAUGGUUUUGCCAGAGGGGCCUGGGACUGGAGUUUGCUGUGGAAACGAAUUCCAUUAAGCCACAAGGAAAAGACCAAAAGAAAGCAUAAAACUGAGCCUUAUCGAACCACAUGCACUGUGCCGCUCAUAGAUGUCGUAGAUGGCAACACUUACACUAUUAUACCCCAAGGGGGUGGUGACGAAGAUGGGUUUGCUAGAGGAGCAUGGGAUUGGAGUAUGCUAUGGAAGAGGGUGCCUUUGACCAAGCAAGAGAAGGAAAUGAGAAAGACACAAACUGAGCCGUAUCGGUCCCCUGCAAUGGCUGGUGGAUUAUUUGCCAUUGAACGUGAUUUCUUCUUUGAACUGGGUCUCUAUGACCCAGGUCUUCAAAUCUGGGGUGGUGAAAACUUUGAAAUUUCUUACAAGAUCUGGCAAUGUGGAGGGAAGCUCUUGUUUGUUCCUUGUUCUCGUGUUGGACACAUCUAUCGUCUCCAGGGUUGGCAAGGAAAUCCACCCCCAGUGUACGUUGGGUCCUCUCCUACUCUGAAGAACUAUGUCAGAGUGGUGGAAGUUUGGUGGGAUGAGUACAAAGAUUACUUCUAUGCCAGUCGUCCAGAGACAAAAGCACUACCAUAUGGGGAUAUAUCCGAGCUGAAAAAGUUCCGUGAAGAUCACAACUGCAAAAGUUUUAAAUGGUUUAUGGAAGAAAUAGCCUAUGAUAUAACCUCACACUAUCCCUUACCAUCUAAAAAUGUGGACUGGGGAGAGAUCAGAGGCUUUGAAACUGCUUACUGCAUAGAUAGCAUGGGGCACACCAAUGGUGGCUUUGUAGAACUUGGACCAUGCCACAGAAUGGGAGGUAAUCAGCUUUUUCGAAUAAAUGAAGCUAAUCAACUCAUGCAGUAUGACCAGUGUUUGACUAAAGGACCUGAUGGAUCAAAAGUUAUGAUUACGCACUGUAAUUUAAAUGAAUACAAGGAAUGGCAAUACUUCAAGAAUCUACAUCGAUUUACCCAUAUUCCUUCAGGGAAGUGCUUAGAUCGCUCAGAGGUCUUACACCAAGUCUUUAUCACUGAAUGUGACUCCAGUAAAGCAACACAAAAAUGGGAAAUGAACAACAUUCUUAGUGUAUAGACAAAACAAACAAAAACCUGACCUACUGAAACAUUAAUUUGUACAGGACUGAAAAUAACCUGAAAACUGCUGCAACUAUUAACUUUGUACAGCUGCAAGCUUGAAAUCUCCCAACUUGGAUGAAGGACAUAGAUGAACUGUGAUAUUACAAUAACAUUAUCAUCUGCAGUUAAUGUUUACAAAACUGCUUUUACCUUAAACUUUGUAGAUGUUUACAUCUUUUUGUUUUAAGAUGUUGGGGGUUUAUGUGCUCUUAGCUAUGUUUUAUAGGAACAAAGUUAAAGGCACUGUGGUCUUCUUUGGGAUUUCACUCAGGGGUCUGAAGGCAGUUUUUUUACACACACUUGAAAAGGUUGGAGUAACCAGACUUUCAUAUAAUGUGGUGAUUAUCAACCUGUUGUAUCUUUUUAUUUUAUUUUACAUCCUACCAAGCACUGCCACGGGUUAUUAGCCAGAGUGGCCUUCUUUCACAGUCAUGCUGCUUUUUUGGAAAGGUAGAUUUCAACAUUAGUGCCUCUUUCAUUUCUCUAUAUAUUUUACAAGAAAAACAUUUGAUGGAAUGUAUAGUAUGGAUAUGUUGAUACGUCAUAUUGAUAAGAAUUAAUUGUACCACCCACGUAAUUACCGAAGACAAGUUUGUGUUGCCAAUGUGACUUCUGUAUUUACUACGUAUUGGUAAGGCAAAUAAAGGUACAGACCACACCAGAAAUGCUGUAGGGGGUCCCAAAAAUAUUGCAAAAUGUCCCUUUUGCAGCUAGGUGCUGUAAAUUCAUUGGAACUUUAAGUGAGCUGAACCAGGUAUGCUGAGUAGCACUUGGAUGCAGCUGGUGUAUUAGGCUUUUUCUAACUAGCACUUCCGUUGGUCCGGUGAGUGAAAAAAAUCCCACCCCGGCUGACAUAAAUUUCACCAACAAAAGCGCCAGUGUAGACAGCACUGUCAGUGGGAGAACUGACAUAGUUACAACCGCUCGUUGGGGAUGUUUUAAUUAUGCCAGUGAGAGAGCGGCUACACAGGAGACCUUACAGUGGCACAACUACAGUGGUACAGUGCUGCUGUAAGAUCCGUAGUGUAGACAUAGUCUUAGACAGCAUUAAAGCAAUUAAACAUUUAUUUUCUUUUCAAUAUUAAAAAAAGCCAAAAGAAACUGAACCUGAAAGCAUUGUGAUACAUCUGAUGAAGAGAGUGCUCUGAAUUACAGCUAAGAACUUACAAACACUAACAUCUUUGUUGUAUCAUGCUGUACAAACCUCUGAUAUAUUUUAAAGCUAAAGCUGCACAAUGUAUAAAAUUAAGAAUGGUCCAGUACUUUGUGACAUUGUUAAUAUAAAUUGAAUUCACCUGGAGGUGAACUAAAACUUUAAGUAAAAAAAAAAAAAAUUAAUUAACAUACAGGGGUAGACUUUAAAGGGGCACUGUCAACUAGUUUUAGAUCCAGAUUCUGAGACUAUUAAGAGUUGAUGACAUCACGAAUGCCUUGACUUAAUAGGAGUUGAGCCCUUUGCACCUCACAAGAUCAGACCCUGAAAGUAUUUGUUUUAGUACGAAAUUCUGCCCUCAAAUGCAGAUUAGCAUUGCAUGUAAUGUCCAUUGAAGUUAGUAAGGGUUAUGUGUCAUAUCUAAAGGCAGAAUUUGACCUUUAUAAAGCUAUCUAUCUAUGCAUAUUUUGGCAAUGAUUUGGGAUCUCCUCUGGCUUCUUUAAACUUCUCAGCUGUCCUUUAAAAGGUGUGAAAAAUAAAAUUAGAAAAUAAAGGAGGGAGAAUAAGAGUAUAGGUAAUUUUAUUAUUUGUGUGUAUGAAAACUGACUCCAUUUUUGUGCUGGGUAGAUUAAUCAUGUUACUAUGCAUUAGUGAAAGAAAGGUGGCAUAUAAAUUUUCCAGGUGUAUAUUUUAAGUGGGUAUUUUGUGCAAUUCAUUAAAAGAUACUGUAUGUGCAUAUGAAUCUGUAUCUGAAACUGCAAACUACAAAACAUGAGAACAUCAGAAGCUGUUGCUGUAAUGACUUUUCCUAUUGUAGCCUGCUUGGGGGGAAAAAAUGUCCCAUAUCUUGCUUUGUAAACUGAUGAUAAUAUCACUAUGCAUUUCUACACAUUUUAUAAAUUUGAUUUAUGCAGAUUUUGAUACACUGUAUGUUUCUGUAGAAAUUGUAUAAAUCUUCAAAAGUUUUAUUAGGGAUAAAUUUGGGGAGCCAAUGUGCAUCUUAAUGCUGGAUUGUGUGUUUUCUAGGUGAGGAAAAUAAAAAAUAUUUUAACUUG